GCUCUGCUCCGGCCUUGUUGCUAAAGCUGGUGUUAAGAGCUGGUUAGACAUGUCUGGACGUGGUAAAGGGGGAAAAGGCCUCGGUAAAGGGGGCGCCAAGCGUCACCGUAAGGUUUUACGAGACAACAUCCAGGGCAUUACGAAGCCGGCCAUCCGGCGCCUUGCUCGUCGCGGCGGCGUCAAGCGCAUUUCUGGCCUCAUCUAUGAGGAGACCCGCGGGGUUCUGAAGGUGUUUCUGGAGAACGUGAUCCGUGACGCGGUCACUUACACGGAGCACGCCAAGCGCAAGACCGUGACCGCGAUGGACGUGGUGUACGCGCUGAAGCGGCAGGGACGCACUCUGUACGGCUUCGGCGGCUAAGGCUCCCGGUCAGACGCCUCAACACCGCGACUCCCCAAACCAAAGGCCCUUUUCAGGGCCGCCCACUUUUUCCGUAAGAGAGCGGACAUCUUGUGGUUCCUGUCCUUUUCUUCUCCAGGUUUUUGUUGAAAAGUAGUUUUCACACGUGUAGAUUACAGGUGACGUUUAACUUUACAAGAUUAACGUCGCAUGUUUCAGAUUUGUUCAAAUAAAGUACUCAGGGUUAUUGUCUUCUG